AUGUCUUUCAGGCCUAUUACGGUCCAACCUUUUCCAGUUAGGACACAGCAUUCAUCCGAAAUUCGUUUCAAGAUCGACAUGGCGAGCAACCGCCGACUGCGAGUGUUCCGUUUACACCAGGCCCUAUUUUGUACUGGAUUCCCGUCGAGGGAGAGCGAGGCCAAGAACAAAGCUUCGAUGCUCUUAUUUUCCUCUGACAACAUUUCGACGCACGUGAAAACGACAACUGAAGAUGCAACAGCAAGGCCCACAGAGGAAGAACGAAAAGCGGCGGCGAAACCCUCAAUGCCGGGAGAUGUCUCUGGCAGUAUUGGUCGGGUCAUUCCCCGUCAAAAACCCGAAGCCUUGCCUCGGAUUUCGCAAUCGUCUGCACAUAAAAUCCGUCGGACCGAACCCAAGCUUUGUAGCUCUGAAGUUUACGCUACCAGUCUGAAAGGGCAGGUCGUGACGGUUUCACCUGCUACAGGCAAGGGCAAGGAGAAUGUCGUAGGCCACCUAAGCAAGUCUCGUCCGGCAUCUACCACCAAUCUUUUCAAUGUUAAACACCAGAGGGCAAGCACGAUUGCUCAGAGAGAUCGUCCCGAUGUGUCUUCAACACCGGGAAACAUGACUACCACGAAAGGGACGAUUCCAGUGCCGGCGAAAGCAAUCGUAAAUGGACCACGGCCGCGGCGCCCGGCGGACUCAUCGCAACUCACACGGCUCGACCGUUCACGAGAAAAAUCACUACCGGCUCUUGUGCCCAAAGCUGCUUCGAGGAACCGAAGCGUUCAGCAGUGCCGUCCUCGCGGCCAAUUCCCCGUUACAAGGCGGGCAGGUUCAAAGCGUGUCCUUCCUCAGUGCUGCAUUGAUGCACAGCUUCGAGCUGCAAAAAUCGCUCGCGUUUCUAGCGAAGCGAGAGCGCGUCGUACAGUAGCGGCAUCACAGCGUCUCAAAACAGUGGACGCUCGGGGGAAGUAUCAACAAAAGGAAAGGGCAGUAUCUAAUCAGACGAAGGAAAGGAAGUGCGUUCCGCUAUCCUCGAAGGCAACUUCGCAGAUCGCAGUAUCGAAAUCCAGCAGCAGUUUGCGGAAUUCUCCGGCUCCGAAGCAACCCGCCACGAAAGAACGGAGUUUGGUGGCAAGUCCACACCGACCGGACGUUCCCAAGCUGCUAGGCCCAAAGUGGGAUUCUCGUGCAAAGGGUUCGGGAAGUCAUUCACCUGGGGCUAGCUCUGCAUUACCAGAAAAGGCGCAAGAUGGUACUACGGGCAAGUUGUCUCGGACUUCGUCUAAGACACCCCGCGUUGACGGUGUUCGGAAAGCUCAAGCACAGACCAAGACACAGGUUCCAACUAGAGCGUCAACCUCACCGCAGCCUCGGAUUAGUCCCAGAGAAUCAUUUAUUGGAAGACACUCUGGCACAGGAGCUGCGCAAGCUGGAAAGCGCACGUUUGUGAAUAAAGAGACGCAGCCGAGAGCACAAAGCCUUCGCCAGAACUUGAUGUCCCGUUCACAUGAAGCUCUUUCCACCAAAGCACAGGCCGGAGCGUCUGCAUCCGAGAAUCAUAGCACCACCUCGCCUGACGUGAAGAGGAUGGUUGGUAUUGCGACCCAAAAGAGCGGAACGUCAUCGGGAAAGCAGCAAUCGCGUGGGCACAUCACAAGUAUCUCGUCUGGCCUGCCAUGUCGGAGCUUGAAGCAAGAGCCCCAUGCGGUUGGCAUUGGGACAAACGCCUCAUCAAAAGUUGAUCGCUCCUCGUCCACGACAGCUAAUGCGACAAGGCGUGCGGGACAUGUUGUGGUGAGAAACGAACCGACGCACACCGAUAGUGCCAAAAGUUCUGUCAAUUCCAAGUCGGCAUGUUUGCAAUUGCUCACCACAAGCGGUUCUAGCGCGAAUGGCAAAGUCAGCCAGGAGAUUUUGCGACGAGGAAGUGUCGAUUUGCACGGUAAAUCGCAAAACGAUCGAAACGGUGAUAUUAGGGAGAAGAGAAAAAGCUCCGCAGGCACUUCUGCGAAGCCGAAACUUUUGCCCUUGGAAGGAAAGGCAACCGCUGUAUCGCCUUUGCCUAGUUCAGUCAAGGAAUUGUCCAGCGGACGAAGAGUAGCUCUCCCGUCUCCGAGCAUGACUGUGAGUGGGAAGAACAAACCAGGUGCUAGUUCGUCAGUUUAUGCCCAGAGGGCGGCAAGACCAACGCCAUAUUCUUGCCCGACAUGCGCGGCUUGCGCACACAUGCGGACAAAUCUAUCUCGCCCAAUUGCCCGACGAGUCCGCGUAGACAGUACCCAAAAGGGUGUGUCCACCAAAGCCAAAGCCGAUAACAACGUUGCUUUACGAGGUGUUCAAAGAACACCGGCUGUACCUAUUGGCGCUCUUGCGGCUGCUGCGCGUGCAGCUGCUGCAGUUGAGCCGACACCUCCGCUACAACCUCGAAGUACGCCUGGCUCUUCGAAGCAGUCAUGCGACGAACGAGCAUUGGGAAGUACUUCCGCUGCUAUAAAACCUAAGCCGUUCCCUACAGCAAUCGGCGCCCCUGUCACGAAGAAAUUACCGCCCUCUUUACCUGUCGUUGCGAAAGCGGUGCCGGUGUCCUCCGCAGCACCCAGCAAGUCCGUGACGGGGGAAAUUCGCCCUGCUACCUCCGACGGUGGUUCUAAGCGACCCUCACCGGAAAAACUUGUACAAAAGCCUCCAUCCGCCCGUCAGCUUGCUCCUUCCGUGAAGGAAGGAACCCCCAGCUCAGCACUGACGUUCCCGGAUGACACUCACGUUACUAUGUGGAACCGAGUGGAACAGAGAAAAAUUGCUGGAAACGCGGCACCGCUCGGGAAGAAUCUAGACCGUUAUUUACAAGGGCACCCUGAGUGUGAGAUAUACGACAGACAAGAUCAAGAUUUAAUGCGAACGCCUCUGAAAAGAGGGGAUCGCAAGAAGAGGAGGGUCAAUCCAGACGAGCUAGGGGCGGGUGUCCACGUUGCAAUAUGGAAUCGGACCACGAAUAGGAAAGUGGCUGGCAACGCUGCGCCAUUGAACAAGAAUUUGAAGGCAUAUCUCGCGAAGCGGCCAUAUUGUGAGGUAUACAACGGGCAAGACGACGAGCCAGAAAAAGCAUCUGUGGCGAAAGGAGAAAAGAAGCAAGGAAGGGGAGAGGUCAAACGUGAACCAGAGCUCGAACACCCGGCCCUCUCUAGUGUGAUUGCAGGAUCAGUAAUUGUGCAGUCGCCGGCAGAGGCAGGGUUAGACUCGUGGAGAAAUCUGUCUGCAGAGUACGAAGCGCUGGGGCAUUCUUACAAAACUGAUUUUGACGAAGCAGAUGAGUGGAUACGUUGGGGCGGAUGCGAGGAUGAUGAUGUCAGUCCUAUGAUUGUGGAGAGCUAUGUUGGCGACGACAUGUCGGGAACGAUCGUUGAUGUACAAGAUGUUACACCGCUGGAACUUGUCGGUUCAGAUGAUGCGUUUAGGUAUUUUGACGCAAACAUGUUUUCCUCCGACAAUUUCGAGCACUCCUUGGAGGUCGAGUCCCAGGCGCUAAGUAUAGGGAAUAGAGCUGAAAAGCAGGUUUAGCACCGUCGCUUUGUGCGAAAGUCCACUGAUUGUAAGGGCACCACUGGCGCAGGGGCUGCGAGAGACAACUAUCUUUUAGCACCAGGCCAUGUAAUCUAACCAUAACUUGUGAUGUGCCGGUGCAACAUCCAUGAAUUGAUGAGAAACUGAUGAAGAACCCAUGCUGGAUAGUAAAGAGUAAAGACUGAUAUGUAGACCCAU